UACAUUUUUUGGUUGCUCACUCCAUUUCACAUGAAUGGAGAAGGAACUAGUAACAAGCCCAUGACGUGACAUUUUUUUGAGAAAUUAGUCAAGUCCUCUUUUUACUACCUGUUUCUACGUGUUAGUGGUUUGAGAGUCUGUGCUGUUGAGUGGAGCUGUGCGGUGUGUGUUGAUAGAGGUUGAAGCUACACAUAACGAGGCAGCUAGCUCCUGAUCAACUGACUAGCCGCGGUAUCGCCGCACCACUGUCUUGUCGUGUCACGUGCAAAAACAAAACAUAUCGUAAUAAAAAUGUUGAAAGAAAUCCUCGAUCUGCCUCCUGAGGAGCAAAUAUUUUACGCCGUCUUGCUGUUUUCGUGGACGGUGUACCUUUGGGAGGCCUAUCUCUCUUACAGACAGAGGAAGAUCUACAGCACCGCCACGCAUGUGCCUGCUGAGCUGGGGAAGAUUAUGGACUCUGAGACUUUUGAAAAGUCACGCCUCUACCAGCUGGACAAGAGCAACUUCGGCUUCUGGUCUGGUCUUUACUCUGAGACAGAGGGAACGCUGGUUCUGCUGCUUGGAGGGAUCCCGUUCCUCUGGAAGAUCUCCGGAAGCCUGACCGGCCGAUUCGGCUUCGGCCCGGAGUACGAGAUCUCACAGUCGUUGGUGUUCUUGAUGCUGGCAACAUUAUUCAGCGCCAUUACGGGUCUGCCGUGGAGUCUGUACAGCACGUUCGUCAUCGAGGAGAAGCAUGGCUUCAACCAGCAGACGAUCGGCUUCUUCCUGAAAGAUGCUCUUAAGAAGUUUGCGGUGACCCAGUGCAUCCUGCUGCCCGUCACUUCUUUGCUGCUCUACAUCAUAAAGAUCGGCGGAGAUUAUUUCUUCAUCUACGCCUGGCUCUUCACACUCGUCGUUUCUCUGGUCUUGGUGACCAUCUAUGCUGACUACAUCGCCCCUCUGUUUGAUAAGUUCACCCCACUCCCAGAAGGAGAGCUGAAAUCAGACAUCGAAAGCAUGGCCAAGUCUAUCAGCUUCCCACUCACAAAGAUCUAUGUGGUAGAAGGCUCUAAAAGAUCCUCGCACAGCAACGCCUACUUCUACGGUUUCUUCAAGAACAAGCGCAUCGUGCUGUUCGACACGCUGCUGGAGGAUUACUCUCCUCUGAACAAAAAAACUGACGGAGAGUCCGGCACCGAAGAGGACAGCACAGAGGAGACAGCAGAGGAGACCAAGCCCCAGCCUAAACACAAGAAGCAAGGCUGCAGUAACUCAGAGGUUCUGGCGGUUCUUGGCCAUGAAUUGGGACAUUGGAAACUGGGCCACACAGUGAAGCACAUCAUCAUUAGCCAGGUAAACUCGUUCCUCUGCUUUUUCCUGUUUGCUGUUCUGAUUGGUCGGAAAGAGCUCUUCACGGCUUUUGGCUUCCACGACAACCAGCCGACUCUCAUCGGGCUGCUGAUCAUCUUCCAGUUUAUUUUCUCCCCCUACAAUGAGCUCUUGACGUUUUGCCUGACAGUGCUGAGUCGCAGAUUCGAGUUCCAAGCAGACGCCUUUGCGCGAGCCAUGGGUCGAUCGACUGAGCUUUGCUCAGCCCUCAUCAAGCUAAACAAAGACAACCUAGGCUUUCCUGUGGCUGAUUGGCUCUUCUCAAUGUGGCACUAUUCCCACCCUCCCCUGCUGGAGAGACUCAGGGCUAUCAAGGACGCAAAGAAACAAGACUGACGGUUCCACCAGGGGGCACCACAUUCACCAUCCGCCCCUCACAGGAAGGGCCUCCGGUGGCCGCUGCUUGCUGUCUGAAGAAGCUGAAAAGUCUCUCUCUCUCUCUCUCUCUCUCUCUCUCUCUCUCUCUCUCUCUCUCAAUAGUUGUUUCUUAUACCCUUAUCUUUCUAGGGUUUAUUUCACAAAUUUUUUGUACCCGUUUUAAUUAGUUAGAUUUAAUUGGACUUGUUUACAGUCUAAUGCUUCGGUGCAACGGGGACUCGAGAAAGAUCAUACUUUUUUUUUUUAUUAAGAAACAUCCCCUUCAUUUUACAUCCAAUCUCUAAUAAUUAUAUUUUCAAUAUCGCUGGCAUUGGAGCUUAAUUUGUUUCUGUGAGAGAGAUGAGCAUGAGGUAAAACACCUCGUUUAAACCUCGUCGGUGAUAAACACGCUGAAUGGCCUUUAAGCCAUUUGAAGGAAAAGAUUCGGACCAAUUCUGUAAAUAUGUAGUUGAUUGGUUCUUUUUUUUUUUUUUUUUUUAAAAGAAAGAAAAUUUAGAGCCACUUAGAAAAAAAAAAAGUUAUUGACAAAUGUUGAUAGGUCGAAAUCUGUUGAAAUUUUUACUCUGGAUUUUUUUUUUUCUUUUGAGUUGUUCUAGCAUAUGGCAGAGUGUGAAAAAGUGUGUGAGAGCAGAAAAGUGAUAAUUAUCCAAUCUCCUGCCGUUUUCAUCUUUUAAUUAACGACAUUAACAAGGAAGCCUCAUUGCUUGACAUCACCCUUGGUUUCUAAGUGUAUUUCAGUGCAGCCUUGAGGAAAAGGCUUUCAUUGCGGUGGAUUAAUGUUUGCAUGCUGGAGUUCAGAAUCCACUCACUCCCACCUCAUUGAUACCAAACGUGUCAGGUUAAAGAACACAAGAAAGGAUUAGAAAAGCAGGAUGAAGCCAUAACUGAGAAUUUGUUGAGAAAUUGUUACUAGGUUGAGGCAUCUCAGGAGUUCCAUAUAUAUCCCCCUUUUUGACAUUUGCAGUGUUUGAUCCAACGAUUGUGAAUGUACCAUCUCGUGAAUAAAAGUCAACAGCAAAUCUG